AUUUUUAUUUUUUUAUUUUUUGUCCGGAAGGGAAAAAAGAAUUAAAAUGACACAUGAAUGGCAAAGAGCCGGCUUCUGAUAAACUCACACUACUACAGAUUUAAAUCAUUUGGUUUCAAACUCGGAACUUUCAAAGAGAGAUGAACUGGGUUCAGCGCAAAAUCUAUCUUUACAACGUUACCUUCGGGCUCUACAUGUUAGAUUGGUGGGAGCGUUGUCUUUUUAAUACUAUUGUGCUUGUGCUCAUGUGGUUCAUGUGUUACAAUGGGAUUCGCUUCUUCUCUCAGCUCGGCAGCAGGUAUUUAUGGUGAAUCUACUACGCGCUUGGCCUGGAUGCUGAAGAUGCUUAUAGUGCCAAAGCUACUUGUGCUUGUGAUGUCUCAGUUUUAGACUAUUCAAUCUUUUCUUACAUACAAGCUUAAAAUCAAGUUAACUUAACCAUCAUUGUAUCUAUUUUGAAGAGUGAUUUGCUACAUAGUAUAUCGAAUUUCUAGGUAUUGUUUAAUGUUUUCUAUUUGAUAUAUUUUUACUUUUCUUCGUUUCCA